AUGUAAAUGGAUAACUAAAUAAGAGGAUUACAUCCAACAGUAAUAGCUGUUUAACCUCCUAAACCUGGACAACCUGGCUCUAAUUAGUCAAGAUAUGGUUCUAUCAACAUGAGUUACAUCCCUAAAGUGAUUGGUCCUGGUAUUAUUUUGACAUGUUUAUUUACAUAUAUCAUGGCUAUUUCUAAGCACGAGGAAGAACCUUUUCCUUACUGCACAAUCACUGCAACAGCUAGUCAUUUCCCUUAAAGUGUUGUUUUCAGAUUGAAUAUGCUUUUCAUUUCAGGUGUAACUCUUUUCUUCUGGUUUGUUAUUUACAGCUGGUUAAAUUUCAUAAGCAAAAAAUACUAAUGUGGAAAAGUUAGUGCCAAAUUAUUUUAAUUGGCUGGACUAGGAAGCUUCUUUUUCGCAAUGGCAGUUGCUACUAUUGACACAGGAAAAAUGAAUUAAAACUUGCACACUUUUGUUGCUUUAACUUUCUUCAUUAUUUGGAUAGCUGCUAUUCCUCUGAUUACAUAUAAGAUUUAUCAAUUUAAGGUUAUCUAUAGAUCAAUUGUUUCACCUCUUUCUUGGAAUAUUAAACUUUUCAGUGUAGCAGCUAUGAUCAUAACUUGUAUCGUAAAUGUUAUUAAAUAUUUGUUCCCUAAUGCUUUAUAUUUCGAUCCUCACAUUGACACCAUUGAAUGGUUUGUUACCUUCUCUUUGGCUAUUUGGUUGUUCUCUUUUUCUUAUGAUUGGGAAGUGUUCUAUAUUUGCAUGGACGGAAGUAAAAUAGCAUUAGUCGAUCUUGACUUUUUCGUUAAGAGACACGAAUAAUAUGCUAACUACCAUAAAAAUGGCAAUCAAAAUCCAACUGCAGUAUAUUGA